UUCGCGGGUACACGGAGCUGGUGGCGGGACGGUUUUCACCGGUGCACACGUGCAAAACUGCUUUUCCAAGCAAGCAAACAAAAAUCUAAAGAUUUAACCGGCGAGUUAUCUUCGAAGAGUGUUGGGCACUUGCAUCCCUUUCUUUCAAUGGGCGAGGAAAAGCCGGACACGCUGGACUUUGUGAAGGAUUUCCAGGAGUAUCUGAGCCAGCAGACUCAGCAUGUCAACAUGAUAUCAGGCUCUGUCAGCGGCGUCAAGGAGGCAGACGAGCUGCCGGCAGACUGCAGUCAGAAUGGACUGGAUCACCCUUCGGUGGACAUUUCACUGGAGGACAGCUCAGGGAUCCUAGUUGAUGGUUUUGAGAGGACCUAUGACGGCAAGCUCAAGUGCCGCUACUGCAACUAUGCCACCAGAGGCACAGCACGACUCAUUGAACACAUUCGAAUUCACACAGGAGAGAAGCCGCAUCGCUGCCACCUCUGUCCAUUUGCUUCAGCCUACGAGCGUCACCUGGAGGCCCACAUGCGAUCGCACACAGGCGAGAAACCUUACAAGUGUGAGCUGUGCUCCUUCCGCUGCAGUGAUCGUAGCAAUUUGUCGCACCACCGCCGCAGACGCCACAAACUCCUGCCCAUGAAAGGAGCUCGCUCACUUUCCCAUAAGAAGAUGCUGAGUGUUUUACAGAAGAAGGCCAGCUCACUGGGCUAUGGCCGCCGGCUCCUCAUCAACUUCAGCCCCCCAUCUAUGGUGGUGCACAAGGCUGACAAUGUGAAUGACUUUUCCCAUGAGCUGCCCCACUUACGUCAGGAGACCUAUGAUAAUCAGAGUCGAGCUGUUGAGGACGGGCUCUCCACAAAUCAAAAUCACCAUCACCAUGAUAUGGUCAUGGAUAACCCCCUGAACCAGCUGUCAACCCUGGCCGGCCAGUUAGCCAGCCUCCCUUCAGAGUCCCAGGCCCAGACUCAACCUCCCAUGUCUCCAGGAGCAGAAUCUAUCGUUGAUGAGAAGCCCUUCCUCAUCCAGCAGCCCCACCCUGCCACAGCUCCUGUGGCUGUCACAGCCAGCAUGGCCCAUGCAUCCUCCUCUUCCCCAGUCACCCCAGAGCCCCGGGCUCCUCCCCACAACAAUUGCAGCCCUGGAGGGGGACCCUGCAGUGAGCACAGUGGGCGCACCAGUACCCCAAGUAUCUCCAACAGCCAACCCAGUACACCGGCCCCAGGCCUGUCUGCCCCACUCCAGGACCCCCACAUGCUGCAUCACUGCCAGCACUGUGACAUCUACUUCCCCGACAACAUCCUCUACACCAUCCACAUGGGCUGCCAUGGCUACGAGAACCCAUUCCAGUGCAAUAUCUGCGGCUACAAGUGCAAGAGCAAGUACGACUUUGCUUGCCACUUUGCCCGCGGGCAGCACAAGUAAUGGGCAAAUGAGGAAAGCCUUGAAAGAACUUUUAAUGGACAGCUUUGUUUUUAUUAAUUCCAUAGUAAUUUUAUUUAUUGGUCUUUUACUUGGCCUUGAUGUAGCCUAGCCUUUGACAGUUGUACUUACACAGUAAAAUGUCAGCAUUCAAAUGGUUCAAUUUUGUAUAAUUAAAGGUGCCCAUUCAAGUGUAUUAUAAAGGGAUGAUCAGUGUUUUCAACAGGUUGAGAAUUUAUUUGUGGUGGUGGAGGGAGUCACAUCAUGUGCUGUUACAAAUCAGAAAAAUAACUUCCCUACCUAGCCAAACUCAUGAACCUUAUUUAAUGAAGCAGGUCACCAAAUUCGAAAUUUUCCUUGAAUUUUUUUUUGUCUUUUGGGGUUUUUUUUUUUUUUUUUUUUUUCCCCCCCUCAAAAAUGUAAUGCUGUUCAUAUGUUGCAGCUUCCCUUAAGUACACGAGCUUAACACUGGUAAACGUUUUUAAAAAUUACAAAUUUGUCUUUCAAAUGCAAUACAAUGCAACACUGAGCUCACGUGGUAUGGUUACUAAGAAAAAUGGCUUUCAUUGUACCUGUCCAAAGCAAAUUCAGAUAGGUACAGUUUUCUACAGGUUAUAUGACCUAAUAUCGGACUGAGGUGAUGGAAAACCAAUGGCUGCUGGAAGGACUUCUUCGGGGAUCUAAAAACAACUUAUGAAUUACCUUAGAAAAUGGUCAACUGUAUUGUAACAUUUAUGCGAUUUGAAAUGGGAUGGUCAAACACGCAGGACGGAUCCUUUUCAAUCCCUUUCAAAUGAAUCGCUAAUGCUAAGGGCAGACUACAUAUUUUGAGGAAACCAUACACAUUCAGUUGGUAGACGUAUUGCUUUUGUUGACUCUGAAACCCCCCUAAAUAUAAGAUCACCUCAUGAGAAAAAAACAUGAUUGUAGCUCACCUGUGCCUGUCAAGAGAGUAAAGAGAGGGGGGGGGUCUAUUCCCACAACAAAUUGGCUCCAACUCUUAACAGUUUGUUCCUUUAGAAAAAUACAAACUGCAAAGGGCAUCUCUGAAUGGGCAACCGAAAUAAAUUCUCAACACUCCUGGAUCCCUACCUAAAGGUUUCUCUGAUGAUUCUCACACAGGAGUCAAACUGUUGGCCUAGAGUGAUAUUACUUAAGCCUUGUUGAAAUUAUUUCAGUGCUUGGUGCAUUACUACUAUUUCUUUGCAGUGCCUGACAUAAGUCACUUUCUUGUGUGUCAAAGAUAAAGAGGACUGUUACUUUGAAGAUUAAUUUUAUUACAAUUUUCUCUUCUUACUUUAAUGGAUGGGCAGCCCAGAACUUUUUUUGGGGGGCGGGGGAGUUUGGCCAUUGUAGUUUUCUAUGGUAGCAAUGAUUUUUUUUUUUUUUUUUUGCCAAAAAUAUGCUCCAUGAAUGCUGCUAAGAAACUUUGAAAUCAAUGCCAGCUGUACUCUAUGGAUGGCAUUCACAGUAAAACCUGGCCAAACAUUGUAUCAGUGGUUUUGGUCAGUCAGCUAAAUUGUUAAACUAGAUUUUGUUGAAGUCAUGUAGGUUUGAAGUUCCUCCACACAGUGCCCUUCCUUGACCAGCAUCAUGGUAACUUCUCUCAUUUUCUUGAAAGGGUUUUGCAUAUCCUUUUAAUUGCAUCAUGUCACAAUCUGACCUUUUGAUAUUGUAUGAAGUCACUUUGAUAUCCAGUAUCUCAAUGUUUAGGGCAGAAUCACCAAGUCUUGUGUCUCAUGUGAACACUUUUUCAGAAUUGCCACGUAGCACUGGGGAUGCCAAAUUUUAGCCUUUGUGAUAACACACUGAGAUUCCCCAUUUAUCAAAUGGAUCCCAGUGCUUUUCUGAAUAUUUACUGAGUAUUGUAUUCUGAGUGGUUGGAUAGAUGUUCAGUGUCAAAAAAGCAAAAUCAUGUUGCAGUAAGACUGCAAAGUUGUUCUUUGUCUUCAGUACUGUUGUCUGUUGCUUAGCAACAUGUGUAGGGAACAUAGUUUUUAGGACCACCUCUUUGUCACCAUGCUUACCAGUAAUAGGGGCACCCAGCAAUGACUGCCUUAUGCUCUCUGUGUGUUGUAGGUUCAUAGGUAAUGGUGAAUGUCGAAGCCUUUUGGCGAUCACUCUCUCCCUCGGGAUAGUAAAUCAUUUUAUUGUGAGAUGGAUUAAUCUAACUAAUUUAUAAGUAAAGUGUUUUCUAACAGAGCUGUGAUUUGUCUUUUGUUUUCCUUUUUCCACCUUCUUUGUAUUCAAGAAGAGAAAUCAGCAAAAGUGAUAUUGUUGUUAUUAUGGGUUAAUGAAAAAUGUAUGGCAAGAUUAUGACAAAAUGAAAUGCGAACAGUUUGUCUUUUGAUGAUGCUUUUAAU